AUGAAACAAGGUCAGACCAAAGAGAAGCAGGGUACUAUUCAUAAAAGUUCACAGCAUAAUAGUAAAAAAGGAAAGGGACAAAAUACUAAAAAAGCCAAGUUUCAUGAGCUUAUAGCUCGACAAAAGCAAAUAAAAGACAUAAAAAUUGAAAGGAAAAAGGCGAUAGAGAAAAAACGAGAAGAGCGUCUUCACAACCGUAAAGAACGUAACAUCUCAAUGCAGAAGUUGACAAGAAAAGGACAGCCUGUCAUGAAACACCGCAUUAAGCUACUCCUUAAACAGUUGUGUCCUGGAGAUACAUAA